CCUCUAGGUACCUAUGAACCAAGUUUCUAACAGACUCUUCGACGAGAUAAUUAUAAUGGAUUUUCGACAAAUUCUAGAAGGUGUACGGAGCAAGUACUCGAGUACCAGGACUUCAUGACCGUCUGGCUAUGAUCACCUGCAUCUUGACGACCAACUCAAGCUGGAGAUCCACUGUGGAGUGAAUUGGGCCAGGGCGAUCUUUGUGGGGCAGACUAGGUUACUCAUAACCUAGCUCGCUAGUAGAUACCUACCAAGUACCUAGGUAGCCAAUCCCUGGAAGGCGCUACAACCCUCAAGUCCCGCUCUCGAGCCACUUCACCUACCAGAAGCUACCUACAAUACCAGUAGGUAGCUUCUCACACUACCGAAUACUCUACUUCUUUUUCCAGCUUACUCUACAACGCUACAUCGUAGCCUGAAAAACGGUCACCUCCUACCAACACCAUCAUCUAACUCACAUGGAGCAACUAGCUUUAUCACCACUAUCGCAAACACCUACCGAUCGAGCUCUGCGAUAACACGACGACGUCAUCAAUCCUGCGACCAGGCAGCUUGGGUGUGAGGUCCAAAAUCCAAGCAAGAAACACUCUUGUAUGGGUACCCCGCACCUCCAUCGAAUUUUCCAACAUCUCUUGCCACCUUUUUUUCUUUGAGAGAACCAAAUCCGACCAGAUUUCUACAAGAAGCUAUUGCUAUCGCAAACAUGCACGACCUGAGACGACAAGCCCUGGAGAGCGGGAAAACUGUUUCCAGAAAGGCACAAUCCCGAAUCUCCUCUCGCGCCUCCUCGGCCGCAAACUCGCGCACAAACAGCAGGAAUGCGAGCCGGCAUGCCUCGGAUGAUGAAGACGCCAUGAGCGACUGCACAAACUGGAGGUGGGUAGCAGAGCAGGAUGCCGAAUUGGUGCUCAUAACUAACCAGUUGCUUCCAGUAUGAAUUCUUUGAACGAACGACUAGCAGCCGAGGUACCGGAAGACGCCUCGGAAGCCUGGAAAGGAGAUCUCGCCAAUCGCAUAGAAGAGAUCAUCAAUAGAAAAAGAAGUAGCACACAGGGACGAGAAUCUGCCUUGAACUUAUAUGUUUAUUACCUCAUGAAUCAUUAUGCCUACGAGGAAACACGCCACAAAACCGGUGAACUCUUCCCAGCAUUUCUCAAGAGCAUCAAAGCAGAUGGCACCGAAAAAGAAACAUGUCUUGCCUUGAGAGGUCAGUUUUCCAUGCAUCUCUGGAAAUCCCGAGCUUCACUAAUUGAGAUUUCAGCAAUUGCCUUGACACUUAUUACAGUUCCAUCGGAGACAGCAUACGCUAGCUUAUUCCAACCCUUGAAAGUUUUGUACACAGACUCGCGAUUUCCUUCGGUCAAGGCCACAGCAAUACAUACACUCGGUGCCGCCGCGAUAUUCGGUGGUGCUGCGGAAGGCGAAAUUGAAGACAUAAUGGAUGACUUGCUCGAGGUCAUUGAAUCAGAUGGCAGUUCAGUCGAGGCUGCAGAUAUUGGAGAGGUAGUUACUGCAGCAUGCCAAGUAUGGGGAUUUCUUGCGACAUCGGUUGACGACAUGGAAGAAAAGACAGAAGCAGCUAUAGAAGCAUUUGUCGAGCAGUUAGAGAGUACAGACACCAAAGUUCAGGUUGCGGUUGGACAGAACAUUGCAUUGCUUUACGAGAAGAGCUACACGGAACGGGAAGAGGGUGAUGGGGCUGCACCUGCGAUGGAACGCAUCUCGGACGAUGUCACUUAUGAAGAGAUUUCUGCCAUCUACCACGUCGAAAAAUCCUGGGUCAAGCGAUACGAAGUCUACCGUCAAAAAUACCAAUUGGAGCAGACUCUUUCACAACUUGCCACCGAGUCAUCGAAGAGAAUUGGGAAAAAGGACCGAAAGACACUUCACGCGAAUUUUACAGAUAUUCUUCACGCAGUCGAGCAUCCUACUCUCGGACCAAGGUAUUCUAUGGCUCGCGACAAAGAGGGCCGUGUGUAUGGAUCACGAAUGACCGUCAAACUCCGCGAUUUCGGUCUCCUGCAAAUCGACAAAUGGUGGAAGCUCCACCGAUUUCAAACGUUGAAGAGAAUAUUGGGUGGUGGUUUUAUCACACAUUACGAGGAAAACGAGGUGGUUGUUGAGACUCUCCCGUAAGACACGCCUCCCUCAACUAAGUGACGACUAGAAAAAGCUAAUUCUUCAAACAGGGCGAUCCUCAUGAACUCAGAUUCGGACGAUGAGGGAUAUGGUGCCUCUGACUGAGUAAGAGAUAAGAUUGAACUUUUAUUACAGUAUCUUUAUUUCAUCGGCGUUGGGGAAAGGGAAAAAGAUUGAUUUUUAAUUCUUUUAUUCUUUUUUAUCCUGAUUUUUAGUUGGCUGCACCGAACACGAAGAAUACCCUGUUAUUUGUAUCCCUCCUUCCUCGUAUUUAUUAUAGCAUCUCUUUACCUACCUAAACAAAGAAGAAGAAGAAGAAGAAGAAGAUGGAAAGAAAAGUUCCUUGAAGUUACGUAGAUUGGUAGAAAUAUAUUUUGUUUGAUG